AUGUCAUCGGAAGAUGAGAAGAUAAUAUCCGCGCUGGCCAAUCUAGACAUUGGCAUGACCGCGUACGAGUCGACAGCUGACUCGAACAGCAUUCCAGCCGAGAAGAAGCGCGUCGAAGACGAAGAGAUGGACCGCAUGAUUGCUGAGAUGGAGGCAGAAGAGAAGAAACGCGAAGAAGAUGAGAAUCGCUACGCCGAUGAGAAGGCAAAGAAGGCCAACGCUGCCGACGAACAUGCGAACCAAAAUGUGGCUUGCCCAAGUCAGUCCUCUGCCCCUGUGGGAAACGAAGAGAAUGAACCUGGCGAUCGUCAUUGCGUUGGUCUGGAUGAAGAACCAAUUCUCUAUGAUGACGAAAGCGACGAUCCCGACGAAUUCAACUAUCCCGACGACGAGCCUAUCCGAAACAUUUCAGACGAUAAGUUCAAGGACAUCGUCCUGCUAUCCGUGGAUCCCAGCGGCCAGCUUGCGCGCGCAGAUGUCGAUGUCCUCUCCCGCUAUGAGGGCGCAAACAAUCUGGUUUUGACGCUUCACGUCCGCCACAAAGAUCAGGACGACCAAGACUAUGUCGUCUUAGUACCAUCUGUGGGUACGCAACCUCGUUGGCAAGCGGGAGAUGCCCACAAUCUGAGGGCUGAAGUUGGUAUUAUGAAACAUCUUUUUCAGCACACAACUGUUCCGGUCCCCGAGGUCAUCGCAUCAGUAGAUUCAGUAGAGGAAUCCGACUUGGGUGCACCUUACAUCCUCAUGAAGCGCUUACCUGGCCGUCGUGCUCAUGAGCUGUGGUUCGAAGAUACCUCGGAUUUAAGCCACAUUACCGCAGUCCGUAUCUCAAAAGAAACCGAGGCAAAGCGCGUCAACAUGUUGCGUUCACUUGCCAAGGCUACGGCAGGGCUACAAAAUAUCGAGUUCAAGGGCGUUGGCAUUCCUGUCUUUACGGACGGGAAGAGCAGUGAGACGCACCAUGUUGAUUAUGUAUCUGUUUGGAAGGAUUACCACAACCUCACUCAAGAGGACCUGGAAUCUGACACUCAGGUCGAGAAGUACGGGCCAUUCACACCAAGCAUCGAGUACUUGACUCCUAACCUGGGCACUCUUUGGCCACGCCUACACGACAAACGACUGAAUAAUCUUAAUGGACCUGACCGCUUCAAAGGGCUAGGCUACAGGAAAAUACUCGAUAUCAUCUUUUCGCAUCCCGUCAUCAGGACUUCCAAACCGUCCAACGCCGAAACCAGCGAGGAAGAGACGUUCGUGCUGUGGAAUGAGCUCUACCUCAAUAACAUUCUCGUCGACGAUGAUGGUAAUGUGACAGGCAUUUUAGAUUGGGAUUGCGUCUACGCAGCUCCACGUUUCGUGGGUUACGCCUCUCUUCCACGUUUCCUCCGCAAAGAUUGGCUGGAUUACUUCACCGUGCUCGACUUCCCGUGUAUGGGAUACCAACUGGACCAUUACCGCCAGGUUUAUAUCAAGGCUAUGGAGGAGACCGGAUGUGAUGAAGCACGCUUCACCGCCAAGUCGGGCAUGUACUGGGCGAUCGAAGAUGUACUAAUCAGUAAGAUGUAUGCCCCCGAUCUUCUCAAGAAAAUCUUGCUUGAGAUACCGGAACUGCGUCGCGCGGAGCUCAAUGAGUUCGCAAUGCUACUGGGGCGAGGCGACUGGCCUGAGGCUGAAGAGUGGCUGACGGAGAAGAUUGGAGAGGUUCUGGAUAGCAAGCCCCUGUCACGCUGA